CUUCUUGGAUACUUUCAAAGCAAGAUCUGUGAGCUUGGAUCUUCAAGUGAACAAUCACAUAUGUGGUUGAUGUUAUAAUUCAUAUCUGAGCGGAAAAGCUCGACAUUCUCCCUCCAUCAUGAGAAGUCUCAACAUGUAUAUAAGUACUCUCGAGUGCUGCUUUCAAUAACAAUAAUCGUACACAAGAGCCUUCAGAGUCUUACUUCCAUACCCAUUCUCAAUCCCAGGACACCAAAUUACCAAAGCACUUCAACCACGAUGCAUACAACCAUCUCUCCCGCAAUCCUCUACUGGGGAAGCAUCGUCGUCCUCAUCACGACCGAAAACGAAGACGGCACCCCAAACAUUGCCCCCAUGUCCUCAGCCUGGUGGCUCGGUCACCGCUGCAUGAUCGGACUCGACGCCUCCUCCAAAACCACCGAGAAUCUCCUACGCACCAAGCAAUGCGUCCUCAACCUAGCCACUGACUCCAUGGGAGCUAACAUCAAUGCUCUUUCCCACACCACCGGGACCGAGAUUGUCAACCCUAGCAAGUUGACUCGCGGGUAUCGUCACGUCAAAGACAAGUUCGGAGUUUCUGGCCUGACUCCUACAACGUCAGAUUUGGUCACUCCCCCCGGCAUCAAGGAGUGUCCGGUGCAGAUGGAGUCUGAGUUGGCUGGUGUGCAUAAGAUGAUGCAAGAUGUAUCGGAUCUUUCAGGUGCUAUUCUUGCCAUUGAGCUCAAGAUUCUGCGGGUCCAUGUUGAGGAAAGUCUGAAGCUGGAGGGGCACGAGAAUCGGGUUGACCCUGAUAAGUGGCAUCCAAUUAUUUCGAAUUUUCAGGAUCUUUAUGGGUUGAACGAGGAUAAGGCGGUGGUUUCGAAGUUGGCGACGAUUCAAGAAGAGUUGUAUAGACCUUUCACUGCUUGAUAUCGAGGUUGAGGAGUUGGUGUAGAGGGCAUGGUGGCUUAGGAUCAGGAUGAGGUGUCUGAUGGAGACUUUAAAGAUGGUCAGUGAAAGUAGUUAGAGCUAAAUCUAGAUCUUAGGAUACUGGGAGAGAUAAUUGUUGGUUCUUGACUUAAAUUGGGAGUUCUGAGCAUCAAGAGAGGUUAUAGAGCAAUGAGA